CCUUGUCUUUUUGCAGCUGCUCCGAGGUUCACCGUACCGAAACUCAAGCUUCAACAAAAGCUGAUAGCCCUACCGGUCGGAAACUCCGCGAAACUUGACUGUUCCGCCGAUGGAUACCCUCGCCCCUGGGUUGCAUGGUACAAGAAUGGAAAACCGUUUAAAGAGAGAAGAGGUAGCUCUCUGUACUUGGAUUGGAAGUAUGUGUUGGCUUUGAAGGAUGUGGUUCCGUCAGAUACUGGGACAUACAGCUGUAAUGUCAGUAACCAUCUGGGUUGGAUAAACCAGUCAUACUACCUUGAUGUGCGCGGUAAGGUCAUUGAUAUAAAACGCCUGGAAAAUGUAGCCUACGUCGCAGACGUAAGCUAACCUCGGUCAGUAACGUCUGCAAAGCAGCGCCGAGAUCUUUGUUCUGCGCCCCCAAUGGACUCAACGAAAUACCGGAAGUACGUUUCGAAUUCCCUUUCAUCUUAAUUGGCAUUUCGACAACGUCAUUUUUAACAGGCCAAUCAUGGCGCAUACUCAAAUCCCUGUCACACAGGUGGGGCCCAGAAGAAGGAUUUUGGCGCUAUUUCGCAGACGGGCUUCACCAGAAGUUUAGUUCCGUGUGUGGCGCAGACUAGGAAAAUGAUGAAAGAGACGUUUGUUAAUUAUUUGUUAGCCUCUCUAUUCCAUUCAGCUUAGAUCUUCAUUUCUUGUUGGAAUUAGAAUUGGCCGGAGAAGUUUCAUAUUUUAAGGCCGCUUGUUGGGUUCAAAGUGGUCCCAAGUUAUUAAAGUAGUGUUCUGGAGACUGGAAAUAAAAGUACCCCUCAGUAACGUAACAAUUUUGGGCAAUCGUUUCGAAGAGACACUCACUGCUGCUUACACACAGACGUCUCUUGUUUCCUAGCCCUUUCUGUCUCAGUCAGCUUAGUUAGAGAUAUUUCAAAUUGUAAGGUCCGUGGAAACUGAGACUACGAAUUAUCCCUGAAUGACAACACAGAACUUUGACAAUUUUUUUAGGUAAUAGUAAGAGGAGACGUCUGCACACAAGCGACAUUAGGGACAUUAGGGAUCCAACGACGCGGUCGGCAACGAGGACGUCAAGAAAACAAUAGGUUUAAUAAGCAAAACAACAACUUUGCCCGUGCAUCACACUUUUUUGUACAUUUCUCUGCCCGUUUUUGCACGCCUGCGACGUGAAAAUGCCUAAUUUUUUUACGUAAACAAGCGAUGACGAAAUUGUGUUUCUCUUUCUGUACUUGGACACGGUCCCCAGGAAUUCAACUCCAGGAGGGUUCGCCUACAUUGGACAAAGUUAGUGGGUAGGAAUAAUUGCGAUAAAGACUGAAAGAACGCAAAUUCUUUUUUUAAGCGACGUUCUCGUUGCCGUCGCGUCGUUGGAUGUUAAAGUCCUUAUUUUCUGGCGCUGGUUGGUUGGGAGCUAAUAAGUAAUUUACGCGUAGAUAGACAAAGAAAAGCGUAACCUGUCAGAAAAAAAAAAAAAUUCUUUAUUGACAUCUUUUGUGUGAAACAAUUAUGAAUCAUCCUCUGCUGUAUGGCCUUUGCGGUAACGCUGUAGUAGUUUUCAGUUCCGCAAUGGUUUUUUUCAGUGAGGUGUAAACUACAAAAAGCUCUUCGUUUCAGAAUCGCGAGACACUAAGGGUAUAAUGAGAGACCUGCGCAAAAUCGUUCGCGUUUCUCUUGCGCUUCGCCUUGACCUUAAAACCCUCGCUAUAUGCGAUAAUGAAGAGCUUAAAACAGUGAAAGGUUUGAUCCAGGAGUCAUUUCAUUAGUAGAUGGAGCAUUACCGUCCGGGUGAGCGUAGUCCUGAAUAGCAGCUCUUGUUGACAGUGACUGCCGUUUCGACAAAAUGUGCGGCAGUUAUUUUCAGAGUCAAAGUGAGCCGGGGGACGGGGAGGUUGUUUCACGUCACUUGAUGGUAUUUAACUCUGAUUGGUGAAUUAAGUGGCAAUGUUAUUGGUUAUCUGUCUGUUAAGUCGUGAUCUUAUUGGCUAUGAAGACUCUAAAUUUGAUUGGUACGUUUCGAUUCGUCUUUACUCACACUUUUUUCAAUCUUCUUUUAUAAUAUCGGCAUAUCUGUGUUCUUCCUCCGUAGAACGAAGUCGUGCUAAGCCAGUGGUCCUUCCGAUGUCAAACGCUACAGUUUUUGUCGGUGAAAACGUGACUUUGAUAUGCAGAGCAUACAGCGACGCCAUGCCUCAUUUCCAGUGGCUCCGUUGGUUUCCUUUACAUUCCAACAGCUCUGGUAAUGACACUGAUGGCAAAAAAUUUGCUUAUGAAGUCAUAAAUCAGAACCAGCAGGAUUCCGUCAAGUACCGAAGCAGUGGCAACAACAAGGACGAAUUCCAUGGAAGCCCUUUAAGUUUGGUCAACGUUACAAAGAAAGAUGAAGGAAAGUAUACGUGCAUUGUGGGGAAUGCACUCGGUUAUUCUACAGAGCACGCUUACAUUAUCGUUCAAGAAAAACUGGGUAAGAUAGGUUCAAUGCUAAAAUGA